AUGAUUGAGCAGAAAUCCCUCGAGACCUUCUUCGGAAUCGGCAACCACACUUCCUCCCGCCUCUUGGCCCGCUUCAACAUCCACCCAACCUGUCGCGUCGGCGAGCUCGCCAACAAGCAGGUUCUUGACCUGACCGCCGUGUUGUCUGAUAUGAAGAUUGAGAAUGACCUGCGACGAGAGGUCUUGAAUGACAUCAAGCGUUUGAAGGAGACCGGUACCUACCGUGGUCGUCGUCAUGCGCUGGGUCUGCCCGUCCGGGGACAGCGCACAAGGACUCAGGUGGGUGUUUCCUUCGUUCCAAUUUCUUGUUUAUCUCUAAGGCCAGACUUGGCAACUUCGCUCGCUCUGGUGCAUGUGGUCUUGGUAGCCUCGGGGGACUUCGUGGCCGGCCGCAUCAAAACCCCUGUCAAGCUCAACCGGAUGGAGCGCCGGCUAUGA